AUGUCUCCCUCAACCUUAGGAAAGAGGACGAGGUCCGCCCUUGACAUAGCCGACCUGCCAUUACCACAGACUCCCAGUAAGCGAGCGAGGAGAAGUACGAAGCCCAUCCUCUACAACGACGAGAACCAGGAUCCCAACUCCAUUGCCGAGGAUGAGGACGAAGUGCCCCCUACUAUCCGCAAGUCAGCAUUGAAACUCAAUCCAGUGACGCCCUCAACCCCUCGCCAUCGCGAUGUUUUCUCAUCCCCCAAUACUCCACGCCAUGCGGUUAUGUCCGCCGGCAAACUAUUCAAGCGAUUGACACCAUCCACCCCUUUGUCUCCCUCGGCUAUCCAGACAGUCUACCACAACGCUCGCCAGCUCUUCGCUCACGGGACGGAACCAGGCAAGCUGAUUGGAAGGGAAACGGAACGGGCACAACUCUCCACCUUCCUCGAUCGCUGCUCCCCUUCAUCCGAGUCGCCACGCGGCUGCCUCUAUGUGAGUGGUCCUCCAGGAACGGGCAAGAGCGCCAUGAUCACCGAGAUCAUGCAAGGAUAUACGAAUCGGGAAGGCGUGCGUGCUUCCUACGUCAACUGCAUGAGUAUCAAAUCCUCUAGGGAUUUGUAUAAUACUCUGCUAGAGGAGUUGGGUUAUGCCAGCGACUCAUCGGAAUCCGAAGCCGUAUCAACUCUUCAGUCCAUCUUCUGCCCCAAAACACAAGAUUCAUCUUCCGAGGUUUACCUGGUUACUUUGGAUGAGAUCGACCACAUCUUGACCAUGGGCCUGGAAAGUUUAUACCGCAUGUUUGAGUGGUCUCUUCAAAAAUCAUCAAGAUUGGUUUUGAUUGGAAUUGCCAACGCACUCGACCUCACAGAUCGAUUCUUGCCGAGACUCAAGGCCAAGAACUUGAAGCCCGAUCUGCUCCCUUUCCUUCCCUACACCGCAGUCCAGAUCAAGCAGAUCAUCACUGGAAGGCUCAAGUCAUUGAUGCCCGAGGGCAAGGAGGGAUACGUGCCCUUUGUUCACCCCGCCGCGAUUGAGCUGUGCUCUCGCAAGGUGGCAAGCCAGACUGGUGACCUACGAAAGGCGUUUGAAAUUUGCCGCCGGGCUCUGGACUUGAUUGAGCAGGAAACAAGGUCAAAGCACGAGGACGAGGCGCGUGAACAACUCCUCCAGCUCACCCCGACGAAGAGGCCACUGGGUGAGAAGGUCAAUGGCGCCUCUGGCAACGGCUCAAAGAGCAUCGCACAGAUUAUGACCAGAUCUCUCAAGUCAUUGACGGCAGAGACGGCCCCCCGAGCAUCGAUCGGCCACCUCAACAAAGUCACAGCAGCAGCUUUCAGCAAUGGAACAACACAAAGGCUAAAGACUCUUAAUUUACAACAAAAAGCAGCUCUCUGUUCUUUGGUAGCUUUUGAGAGGCGCACCCGAGCUUUAUUCACCAGUGCAAACGGGGCCACACCAUCAAAGUCACAAACAAUGGCGCCCACCAUCAAAGCCCUGUUUGAGACUUAUUGCCGCCUGUGCACUCGCGACUCAGUCUUGCACCCCUUGUCUGGAUCCGAGUUUCGAGAGGUCGUUGGCAGUUUAGAGACUUUGGGAUUAGUCAAUGCGGUUGACGGUAAAAACGGCAGUUUUAUUACGCCACAGACGCCAAGCAAACGCGGCAGGAAAACCACCACAGUGGCCAGUGGGGAUGAUAAGCGGAUCGCCAGUGCGGUUGCAGAGAAGGAUAUGGAAUCUAUGGUCGAUGGUAUUGGCGCGGGUAUUCUGCGAAGCAUUCUCAGCGGUGAGGCGCUGGACUAA